UGCAGAGAGGCGGCGCGGCUCUCCGCUGGCCUCCUGGGGGAUGGGCCACCAGGAAUCUCCGCUGACCAGAGCGGCGGCGGGAGGUGCAGCUUACAUAAAGAGGUUACGUAAAGUGCUCAGCUGGCGUGAACUCGGGGACGGCCACGGGAACCUGGAAGCCGAGGCCUCCCCCGGGAGCGUUGCUGUCAUCACAAGAGCAGCGUCGCGACCCGCUACACGCUUAGCCGGGCUCCCCGCCUCGCGCCCUACCGGGCUCUGCAGACAAGCCCGGCUCGGAACGGACCAUCCUCCGGCGCGGGCUCCAAGGGGGAACCGGUUCGCCCGGAAGAGGAACAGCGCCGGCCAGAUCACCAUCCAAGGUCCCGCUCCUCCACAUCUCGGGGCUAGACGGAGGGAUGAGGCAAGGGGGGCCCGGGCGGCGCCGUUGCUGCUCCCCCCGCCCCCCGCAGCCAUGGAAACGGGGAAAGAGAACGGAGCCCGCAGAGGGACAAAAAGCCCGGAGCGGAAAAGGCGAAGCCCAGUCCAGCGGGUACUGUGCGAGAAGCUGAGGCCGGCGGCCCAGGCCAUGGAUCCGGCUGGGGCCGAGGUCCCGGGCGAGGCCUUCUUGGCCCGGCGACGGCCGGAUGGCGGCGGCGGGGAUGUUCCUGCACGGCCGCGCUACAGCCUCUUGGCGGAGAUCGGGCGCGGCAGCUACGGCGUGGUUUAUGAGGCUGUGGCUGGGCGCAGUGGGGCCAGGGUGGCAGUCAAGAAGAUCCGCUGCGACGCUCCCGAGAACGUGGAGUUGGCACUAGCAGAAUUCUGGGCCCUCACCAGUCUCAAGCGGCGGCACCAGAAUAUCGUGCAGUUUGAGGAGUGCGUCCUACAGCGCAACGGGUUAGCCCAGCGCAUGAGUCACGGCAACAAGAACUCACAGCUUUACCUGCGCCUGGUGGAGACCUCGCUCAAAGGUCGAUCCUUCGGGACCCACAGUUUCAUCGUGUCUCGGACAGGAUGGCAGAGGGUACAGGUGGUGGUGAUCUCCUGACAGCUGGACCUCCCACAAUGUGAAGCUCAUGCUUGGGCUGCCCACUCUACCCUUCUCUUUCUCCUUCAGUAGAAUAAUAAUUGUUUUUCUAACAUUAAACCAUCAAGACUUCUGAAGAGCAGAAGGCUACACUCUGGACAGGCACCUUUUUAUUGUUUUUGUUUUGUUUUUUUAAGAACAUUGAAUGUGGACAAAGCUUAUGCAUAUAGUCACUGUUAAUCUGUUAAUUUCUUAAGUUAGGAAGCAGUUUUGGUUUUCUCUUUCACGUUCUGUUUUCUUUCUUACACACAUCUCAGUUCUGCUUUAGCACCCCACUUCCCACAGAAUUCUGUCUCCCCAGAGUUUGGUAUUUCUCCUGGAAAGGGAUGCGAACAAAGAGCUAAGGAAGCAGCCUCUGAGUUGCCUCCCCCAGAUGUGGGAGCUGCUGGACUCCUUGGAAGGGCUGGUCCUGGCCAGCCCUCAAGCCUCAGACAGGAUCAGAGAUGAAGAACCUCUCAGAAGAGGAACACCAGGGGUUGGCCCGAGGGACUCUAGAAAGAAGACCUAAACCAUGGGUUUGGUUCUCGUUAAGUUCUUGAGAGUCCCAGGCCACACCAGUACUCACUGUAGUGGGCAUUGCUUCCCUCUUUUGCCCUUUCCAACUGGGAUCCCUGAGGAAAGAAGCCAAGAGUGGUCAUCCCAUCACUUGGGGAUUAAGAGACUCCAUCCCCACUCCUUGCAGAAGCCUAUCUUCUACCAGGACUGUUGUGCCAACCCCCUGUCAAACUUGGUCUUCCUUGGCCUCUUGUCACUACUAUGAGGCCAGUACCUUUCACCCUCUCCUCCUGGAUUGUCUUCUCUGUGUGCUACAAGUCCAGCCUGUCACAGACACUACCUAGGUCUCAAGAUCCAGUUUUGAUCCUUGCAGAGUACCCUUAACUGGCUGUUGACAUCAUUUCCUCACAGUGAAAGGUGUGCCCUGUAUACCAGGAUCCCUAGUGUCACCACUGGGUGACACUGUCAAGCGCCAUCUCUCUUACCCCCAGGGACUUCAUGUUAGGUGAUCAACCUCCAUGUCACUGUUGUCUGAUGAGCAGAGAAAGGACCUGCCUUGAAGAGGGAGGUCUGAGGCAGAUGGGAGUGUCCAGGUGGCUAAUAGAGGCCAUGUAGCAGCUAGCCAUAUAAAGCACCGCGACCUAUAUCCCGAGACGGCUGCACAACCUCCUUGCAGUGUUCUGACAGCCUCCUGAGGGAAGAUCUCCCUCCAGCUGCCUCAUGGACCCACCAUUCUCUCUGGUGUUGCCCUCUACUUAGAUGCACCUUUGGUUGCUCCAAAACGUUUCCAGACUUUUCACCUUGUUCUGGCCUUGUGGGAUGGGAUCUCUGGACAAGGAAAGAAGGGAUCUGUGUUCAUUCUUGUUUAUACUUCCUAAACUAACACAGGGUGGAUAGAGAAAUAAGAGGUCAGGGGCAGCUUUCCCUCAAGCAGGGGUCCCUUGUUCCUGCAGCGUGGAGAAAGGCCAGCACAGCUGACCCUGACAGCUGGCCCUGCUUAGUUAGCAGCUCUGUCCACGUUUCUCUUUCCAGCCUUCUCGUAGGCAACUCAGCACCAAAGUUUCUUUCUCCUCUUGGCCAGAGGUCAGCUGCUGCUCCUGUGGGUACAUGACUGCAGGUGAGAGCCCUACCUUGUGCUGCACUGUGAUAGCAUCUCGUCUCCUUGAGUGACUUUAUAAGCAGCCUCCUGAGCCUAAUCAGAGUGGCCCCUGGGAGAGUGGGAACAGCGGUGUCCCCUAAGUGCAAGAUACAUUCCAUUUCUGUUCUGCUGCCCUCCCUCCCCUUGGGUGCUGCAAUCUCUUUGUGCCUGAGCAGAUGGGAAAAGCAGUCUCUGAGCUCAGGACCCCAACUCUUCCUGCUCUAGUCCUGCUCUGGGUUCCUGAUAAAGGUUCACUAUCUGUCUACCUUAUUUUUUUCUUUCCCAUCUCUAACCAGGCCUGGGUUAUAGUGCUUUCCCACUGUACGUACUUUUCUUGGUGUCAGUGUAGCCUCUGCAGGUUGCAGGUUGGUAGCCUAGUGAGGGGUAGCCUGCUUCCCUGUACCUUCUCUUCCAUGACUCCCAGCUGCUUCUGGCCUGGAGAUUGCACCUCUUUCUCUGGCUCCAGUGAGAGCCAGGUCUUGAGCCCCAAGUGCCUCCCCCUGCUGUUUUCAUUCUUCCUCCCUGUAAUCCCUGCUUACCUAUCACCUGCCAGCUAGCUGCAGGCUGGCCCCAGGACAUGCUUGCUGUGCUGUGGCUGGUGGGUCAGGACCCCUGUGGGCUCUGCAGUCUUCUCAGAGUCCAGCUCCCUGUCUCUUUUGGAGAUGGACAUCCUUUUCCUCUGUUACUUCCCUCUUCUGCCUCUGUCUGGGGUGCAGACUUGCCAGUAGAAGCUCUGGGGCAUCUGAUCUCGGGUGCCUCCAGGUUUGUUAAAUCUGUUCACAUUCUAGAAGUUUGCAGAACUCUUAACCUUUGUCCUUUUGGGGGUGGUGGUGAGGAUUGCCUGUUGGGAGACUAGCCUGGCCUCAGUUCUCAGUUCUGAGCGCAGGAUAGAUCAUAGUGCCUUACUUAUUCCAUUGUCUUCCCCUGUCCAGACUCAGCCAGAAGCAGGUGGCUGUCUUCUGGCUCAUUUUGUCACUUAUACUCACAGUCUCCCACCUGUAUAUAGCCACAGGGGAAGGAAACCUGAGCCCCCAGCCACCUCCUGUGGGCUAUAGCCAGACACACACCCCUCUCGCCUGCCUCCGUGGCCCUCACAGCAGCUUUAGACCAGGACCAAAUGCUGCUGCCCACAUAUGCACACUGCCUUUGUUCCUCCCUGUUCUUAGCUCUAGCCAGGAUGACACUGACUGCACCAUCCAAACUGGCACCAGCUAACCCCCUCUGGUCACUGGAGACCAAGGUUCGGGCUCUAGCCUCACCUAGCUUAGGGGCACUGGGGCAGGGAGUAAGAACUCCAGUCCCACCUUGUAGGGUUUGCCCUUUGGCUGCCUGAGGGAUGUUUUAAUGUUUACUUAAAGAAAAUACCCUGUUUACAGCUGGAGGAGAAACGCGCUCACACUAGGUGAAGGUCUGACUCUGGAUAGGGCCUGGUCUCCUUUGUGGCACUGCCAGUAGUAACUGCAGUGGUGGUGAAGGCGGAGAAGCCCGGAGGGAGCAGAGGCUCUUGACUCACUCCUCUUCCUAACCCUGUGGUGCUGAGACCACUCCCUGUUUUCCUCAUAGCCUUCUUGCCCCACGGUGUCAUUUUCUUCCUCCAAGAUUCUCAGCUCUAACAUAUCACUAUUUUAGAAAACCAGUGUUUUGCAGCAAUAAAGUUAUAUUGUUUUGUGUGAAUCUUAUUCCAAGAAAAGGAAAAGAGCAUUGUGGGAAUCUGUUGAUGCUAUUAGCUGUUUACUGUUUGAGAAGAUAGCUCGGAGGGAUGGAUGAUAUGGCUUUUAACCUUUAAGUUUCUUGAAGAGUGGGAAGAGCAAGAGUUUGACUGCUGUCCUCCCAGGAGGGACUGUACGGCCCUCGCCUUACUCUGAUGUGCCCCUUCCUGCCCUGCCCACCAGGAGCUCUUCCAGCUCUCUUCCUCCCACCCCAUCUGGGGGCACUGGGGGGCUCAACUCUAGGCGGGUCUUUGGGUUACCCCUCCCCGUGACUGGAUCUCUCUCCCUAUCAGACAGCUGCUGGGAGCCCACCUCCGAAUUGGCUGAGAUUGCUGCUUUGGCCCUCCAGGCCAGCAGACUCUGGAGGCUGAGGCUUCUGCCUUCUCUGAUUCCGAGCUCGUGCACACAGGUCAGCACAGGCCCGACUUUGAGGGAAAGGAGCCUUGUCUGGACACAUGCAAGGAAGGAGAACGCAGUAGGUACUGGCAUCUUGGCUGAUGUCAGUAUCCACAGCCAUUACUGAGGGCCAAGUCUGCUGCCAUUCAUUGUUUCAUUGCCUAGGGCCCCUAGUAUUGGGGAGAGUACCAGAACAAGUGGGCCUUUUUUUUUUUUUUUUUU